UUACUUCCUGUAGGUUGUGUCUUGUGUGUGCCAUUUUAUUACAUUUCCAUGGAGUGUACACAGUCCUGUUGUUGACCUUGUAAACUUUGAACUUUUGUGAAGGUAGCUCUGCUGGUGACGGAGGUGCUGCUUGUGUCUGCUCCGCGCUCUAUGGAUUUAGGACACGGUGUAGCUUGGCUUCUCAUUCAGAAGACCGCGUUUUAUCACUGCUCCAUCGAUACUAAAUGAUAAGUCACUGCUCCUUUAGCAUACGCCCCCGGAGCUAAUCAUUUGUUGUUACGUCUGGGAUAACAACAAUGUGCUCGGUUAUUAGAAGAACGCAGCCCGUCAGACUUGCUCUCGCGCUGUGCCUCCGAGCAAACUGCCACGGCUCCUCUUACGCACUCACCGACAUCAGGCACUUCUCCCCCGGACUCAGCACUUCCGUGUCCCCGCUCCGAGCCGCACUCAGAGCAUACUGCACCAGGAUGGCACGCAUAGAAGGGCUUUUAUUCAGACAGUUGUUUGAUAGAGACAGCUGCACGUACACUUACCUGCUGGCAGAUACUGACACCAAGGAGGCUGUCCUCAUAGACCCUGUGCUGGAGACCCUCGGCAGAGACGUGAAGCUCAUCGAGGAGCUGGGACUCAAGCUGAAAAUGGGAGUAAACACUCAUUGCCAUGCCGACCACGUUACGAGCACAGGGCAGAUGAAGAAACAGCUGGUGGAUAUGAAAAGUGUGAUCUGUGUACACAGUGGAGCCAAGGCUGACAUCCAUGUCAAAGAAGGAGACAAGAUCUCCUUUGGAAGACAUUCUCUGGAGGUGAGGGAGACCCCGGGGCACACAGACGGCUGCAUGACUCUGGUGACCGGGGAUCAGAGCAUGGCUUUCACUGGAGACGCCCUCCUCAUCCGGGGCUGUGGCAGGACGGACUUCCAGCAAGGCUGUUCUAAGAAGCUCUACAACUCCAUUCAUGGCAAGAUCUUCACCCUUCCUGAUAGCUGCCUGGUUUACCCUGCACAUGACUACAGAGGUCAGACGGCAUCCACUGUUGGCGAGGAACGCAAAUACAACCCCCGCCUUACCAAAACCUUAGACGAGUUUGUGGACAUCAUGAAGAACCUCAACCUUCCCAAGCCUGAAAAAAUCGACAUUGCGGUUCCUGCCAAUAUGGUUUGUGGAGUACACUAAAUUUAGCAAAAGGAAAAAAAACAAAAAAAAAACUUGAGUCAACACUGAAUGCCUAAUAUUCAAAUAACUCUAAAUGAGUCUAAAGUGCUUUUUUUCUGUGUGUAUGAUUAUAAAUUUCAUAAAGGUUUGAAAUAGAUCUGAACUGUUGCUGUCAGGUUGUUGGCAGUGGUAUGAAUAGAUGUACUUGAAACAUCUCUAAUCUGUAAUGUAUGUUGUAAUAUCUGAUAAAAAGUUUAUCAUUGACCUUUCA